AUCCCUUUCUUCCUGCCCCCCUGUCCUUCCUGUGCAGGUACAAAACAAUGGGGACUCAUCGGCUGUUGGUGCUCGCGCCAUGGGCGCUAUUGCUGCCGCUGCUCCUCCUGCAGCUCGCCGGCGCGUCCCAUGUCGUCCACCGCAGCCUCGAGGCCGAGCAGGCGCCGAGCUCCGUGCCGGCCUCCAUUGUCAGCCCCCUGCUCCGGACAGGAUACCACUUCCAGCCCCCCAUGAACUGGAUCAACGAUCCGAACGGGCCACUUUAUUACAAGGGAUGGUACCACUUGUUCUACCAGUACAACCCAAAGGGGGCCGUGUGGGGCAACAUCGUGUGGGCCCACUCGGUGUCGCGGGACCUCAUCAACUGGAUCGCCCUCGAGCCGGCGAUCAAGCCGGACAUCCCGUCCGACGAGCAUGGCUGCUGGUCGGGCUCCGCCACCAUCCUCCCCGACGGCACGCCGGCGAUGCUGUACACGGGGAUCGACCGCCCGGACAUCAACUACCAGGUGCAGAACAUCGCGUUCCCCAAGAACGCGUCGGACCCGCUCCUCCGGGAGUGGGUGAAGCCCGGCUACAACCCGGUGGCCUCGCCGGAGCCCGGCAUGAACGCGACGCAGUUCCGCGACCCGACCACGGCGUGGUUCGCCGACGGCCACUGGCGGAUGCUCGUCGGCGGCCUGCGCGGCGCCCGCCGCGGGCUGGCGUACCUCUACCGGAGCCGGGACUUCAAGACGUGGGUGCGCGCCAAGCACCCGCUCCACUCGGCGCUGACGGGGAUGUGGGAGUGCCCGGACUUCUUCCCCGUCCACGCGGCGGGGCUGCAGGCCGGCCUCGACACGUCGGAGCCGAGCACGAAGCACGUCCUCAAGAACAGCCUCGACCUCACCCGCUACGACUACUACACCGUCGGCACCUACGACAAGGCCGCGGAGCGGUACGUCCCCGACGACCCCGCCGGCGACUACCACCGCCUCCGCUACGACUACGGCAACUUCUACGCCUCCAAGACCUUCUUCGACCCCGUCAAGCGCCGCCGCAUCCUGCUCGGCUGGGCCAACGAGUCCGACAGCGUCACCCACGACAAGGCCAAGGGCUGGGCCGGCAUCCAUGCGAUCCCAAGGAAGAUAUGGCUGGACCCGAGCGGGAAGCAGCUGCUGCAGUGGCCAGUCGAGGAGCUGGAGACGCUGAGGGGCAAGCCCGUGAGCGUGAGCGACAAGGUGGUCAAGCCAGGGGAGCACUUGGAAAUCACAGGCCUCCAAACCUACCAGGCCGACGUGGAGGUGAGCUUCGAGGUGUCCGGGCUGGAGAAGGCGGAGGCGUUCGACCCGGCGUUCGCCGACGACGCCGAGAAGCUGUGCGGCGUGAAGGGCGCCGACGUGAGGGGCGGGGUGGGGCCCUUCGGCCUGUGGGUGCUGGCCUCCUCGGGCCUCGAGGAGAAGACCUCCAUCUUCUUCAGGGUCUUCCGCGGCGGCUACGCCGGCAAGCCCGUCGUCCUCAUGUGCUCCGACCCUACCAAGUCCUCUCUUACCCCUGACCUGUACAAGCCAACCUUCGCCGGGUUCGUCGACACCGACCUCUCCUCCGGGAAGAUCUCCCUGAGAGCCUUGAUUGACCGUUCGGUGGUUGAGAGCUUCGGUGCCGGGGGCAAGACCUGCAUCUUGUCAAGAGUGUACCCGUCGAUCGCGAUAGGGGACAAGGCUCACCUCUACGUCUUCAACAAUGGCGAGGCCGAUAUCAAGGUCUCGCGUCUGACGGCGUGGGAGAUGAAGAAGCCGCUCAUGAAUGGCGCCUAGCUAAUUAACUAGUUAAUUAUAAUCGCAACAGAUGGGAGAGAUGACAGGUUCGAUUUCUGCUAUGCGUUCUACCGAUGCACGAUGGCUGACAUCUCUGUUAAUCUUCGUCGACGGCGUUGCUUGCUGCACGGUGCUUGGCUGUUCGUUGAGGAUGAUUGAAGUGUGUAUUUGUGUCCAGAUAUGGAAGAUCAGGAUAGGAGAGAGAGAGUAAAUUGAUUGCUUACUACGUACGCUUCUUGUACGAUUUGUUUGGAUCAAUCACGAGUUGUGUCCCUAAUAAAGAUGCUUAAUUUUGCAUCAUAUAUAUUACGGAUAAUAAUAAUGAAAAGAGCUUUUCCAUUAUUCAUCAUUUCAA